AUGGAGCCGCGGCCCCGCACCGGGCCCCGCGCCGAACCCCGCGCCGAGGCCUCGGCCGGGACCGGGACCGGGACCGUGUUAGUGCCCGGAGGGCCGGUGCUCAGCCCCUCCGAGCUGUUCGCCGCGCGGUCCCGGGCCCGGGCCCCGAAGCCGCCCCCGCGGGCCCGCGGCCAGAAGGAUUUCGUCCCGGACGGGUCGGAGGCGCAGGCCGAGCGGCUGCGGCGCUGCCGGGACCAGCAGUGGCGCCUCCUGGCCGAGCAGCGGGUGGAGCGUCUGGGCAGUUUGGUGACGGCCGAGUGGAGGCCCGAAGAGGACGUGGUGGAGCUGAAGUCGGCCGCCGGUAAGUUCUGGCAGACCAUGGGCUUCUCGGAGCAGGGCCGUCAGCGGCUGCACCCCGAAGAGGCCCUGUACUUGCUGGAGUGUGGCUCCAUCCAGCUGUUCUACAGGGACCUGCCCCUGUCCAUCCAGGAAGCCUACGAGACCCUGCUGGCCCCGGGGUCAGCAAGUUUCUUGCAGUACCAGGUUUUUAGCCACCUGAAGAGACUGGGCUUCGUGGUGCGGCGAUUCCAGCCCAGCGCCGCCCCGUCCCCCUACAAGAAGCAGCUGAACUUGGGCGGAGGCGGCCGGAGCUCGGAGAAGCAGCGAAACAAGAGGAAGAGGAAGAGGAGCUCCAGCCCUCAGUCAGACGGCAAGAAACCCCAGGCCGUUGGCAUCCUUUGUCCCGAAGUGUCUGGGAUCCCCGCUGGAGUCCCUGAGGAUCCGAUGGCUCCAAGCCCGGAUGGCGCCAGCCCCCGGCAAAGCUGCCCGCAGGCGGAGAAGGGGAAGGGCGGGGACCCCCCGGAGACCUGUGGGGAGGGGCCGGGGGGUCUCUCCCAACCCCGUGAGCCCGAGGGGCCGACGCCCGGGGACCGUGCCGGAGAGGACGCCCGCCCACUGAGCGGGCGCUUCCGGCAGAUCCUCUUCCCGAACGUGGCUCCGGACUGCACCCGCGCCCUCCUGCCGGCCCCCGCCUCGGAGCUGCUGCCCCCGCACGUGGCUGGGCGUGAGGUGGACGUGGGCCCCUGGCGCCAGCGGCUGAACCGGCGGGAGGACAAGGGCUCACGGCGGGAACGGCGGGAGCCGGCCGGCUGCUUCCGGAGCAGCGUCAACGCGGACCCCGAGGUGCGGCGCUGCCCCGGCUGGCGGGACUACAAGGCGCUGCUGCGGCGGAGGCAGCUGCUGCAGGCUGACCACAGCCACCCACCUCAUCUGUGGGAGCAGCCCGUCACCCCUCUUUCGGAGCCAGGACGGGCAACCACCCCAGAGGCCGUCCUCCAGCAGAUCGCCGUGCUGCAGCCCUCUCGCCUCGCUGACGGAGCAGCCUGCCUGGACAACCCGCAGGACCUGGCGAUCAGCUUCGACGUCUACCAGGCGGACGCCGUGGCCAGCUUCCGGAAGAACUCCCCAGGCCAGCCCUACGCUAGGAUGUGUGUCUGCAGCUUUGACGAGGCUCUCCCAGACCUGCGCGCCAUCAAGCAGCUGUCUUACCAGAGCGGGAACGUGCCCCUGGUGUUUGCCGUGGUGGAGCACGGAGACAUCGCCUUCUAUAGCUUCCGGGACUUCAUGCUGCCCACAGACCUGGCCCACUGAUCGGGCAUCCUCCCCGACUCGCCCAGGGCACCGCCCUGGGGGCCCCGCCGAACUGGUUGCCUGUCUCUACCGGGGACCUCGCGCCAAGGACGGCGCGGGAGAGGGUCUGGGCACCUCCUCCGGCCUUCCCCGGGCUCACCGUUUUCCCUGGGACCUUCCUGGGCUCUGCUGCAGUAGUGGACCCUGCACCUCCACCCCUCUACUCUCUGUGCAGUGACCUGAGCCCACCGUUGCCCGGUGGGAGACUUUAACCCCUGCUCGCAAAGGACCUUUCACUAGACAGGUAGCAUGAGGCUGCCUGGCUCCUGUGCUUUCUUGGCGGGGUUUGGAGAGGGCUGCUCUUGGUCGGGAGGAAAUUAAAGCCACGAAACCGUUUUCACA